AUGAAGUACAUCACGUUUGCAUCAAUUAUGGCAAUGCUAAGCAUCUUUACACAUGCAUUUGCUGAGGAUUAUUAUGUUUGUAAUGGAAAGCGUAUUCCUUAUGACACUAUCAAGCUCAAUGUCGCAUUAUGUCACAAAAUUGUAUUUGGAUCGGGAGAUCGAUUUUUUAUUAGGCCAUCGAGAGAUAAGACAUCCACUGCAAAUUUUGGAUAUAUCUUCGAUUACGAUACCUAUAAUGAAUCCUGGAUAGUAGCUGAGUUCGAUAGCUCGAAAAAAAUAAUUUCAGUGCAAGCCACCAUAUCGGGCGAAGUCUAUUCAUGCCACGCCGAAACUAUAGAGCAAUAA